CCCAUGGCCGCCCGUUGCCCUAAUUCCAAGUUCGAUGGCGCUUUCCAGUCUUUCGCGCUUCCUCGUCUCCAGAAACUUAGGUAGAACUGCUGAUGUAAAGGUAUCACUAUGGUUGAGUUCUAAAUGUGGAAUUUCUACAUCUGGACCUGAUCUUGCAACUGAUGCUCGGAGCACCUCGUUCAAGAGAUUUGCAGAUUACACAAUUUUCAAAGGGAAAGCUGCAAUGGCACUAUCACCAAUUCUACCAACAUUCCGUGAAGUAAAUAGUUCUAAAUAUUGUAAGAGAGGUUGUGUUAUGAUGACAUUUUGGCCUGCAAUUGCAACGAAGAAGUAUGACUGGAAUAGGAAACAGGUCUUUGCUUUAUCACCUACUGAAGCUGGGAACUUAAUUUCUUUGGGUCCUGAGGAAUCAUGUGAAUUCUUUCAUGAUCCUUCAAAAAAUUCAAGCCUUGAAGGUCAGGUGAAUAAAUCACUAAAACUUUCCCCCACAGGCAAUGACCAGGGAUAUUUCCUCAAUUUGAUGGUUACAAACAAAAUCAAGGGCACAAAUGAGCGGUUUUCUGUUCCCGUCACUAAAGCAGAGUUUGCUGUUAUUCGCACGAUUUUAACUUAUAUACUGCCGCAUAUCUUGGGUUGGUCCCAGUCGGCGAUAUCCCAGCUGCCCCAAACUGCAUCAAAUCUACACAAGCAGGGGUUUGGGACACGGCCAGAUCCUGCUUUGGAGUGGGAAAUGUAACUUAGACCUAUGUUAACCAACAUGGUCUCUUUGUUACCAUUCAAGCUGAAAGAAUAUUUUGUAUGUUUGAAGUUGGAGGCUUCAAAUGGUCCGCAAGAAUUUGUAUUCUGCAGUAUGUUGUGUUUUCACAAAGACAUGGCAAUUCUAUGAAUUGUUAGUCACUCUUUAAAUAGGACCAUGACAUUAUCAUUCAGGUUUAAAUGUUUUUUAUCUGUAGUAGCUUUGAAUUGCUGAUACACCAUUGUGGUAUUA